UAUGGCUACAAGAUAACAUACUAAUCCUAAUGAUUCAAAGAAGAAACCUAAAGAUGACAAGAAAAAUAGUGAUAAAACUUCAAAAAAAAAAGUAAAAUCUAAAUCAACAGUGGAUCAAGAAUAAGUCUUAAAUUUAAGAUAGAGUUUUGAAACUUUGAUUAAAAACAAGUAAUAAUUUACUAAAAUUAGAGAGGAUCUUGAAAAGAUAAUAUCAAAUCAACAAAGUAAAAUAAAGGAUCUGAAAUAGAAUGAAAAAAAUUUAUUAGAGGAAUUGAAAAGACAAGGAGAUAUUGCAAGGGAAGCACUCAAUAAAUUGUAUUAUUAUUAAUAAGAAAAUAAUAUAGAGAGAGAAAAGUUGAGAAAAUAUUAUGAAGGUAUUCAACCGUUAAUUUAAUAGAUUAUUAUAAAACAAAAGAAUAAGAAGUUAUUUAGAAGUAUGAAGGAUUGAUGUAAUAAUCUAAUAUUACAUUGUCUGAUUAUUCAAAGAAAUUUAAAGACUUUGCAGUUAAAGAAUAGAAUUACUAAGAAGAAAUUGAAUUGUUAAAGAAAACAUCAAAGAAUAUUUAAACUCCUAGAGAUAGAGUAAAAUUGAUUGAAAUAUUGUUUGCUAGAAUUUUUAAUAAUAAUUGAAUGAUAUGGAAUUAAAACUUAAUUAAGCCAAUAAAAAUAAUGAAUAAUUGAAAAUGUUAUAAAGUGAGAAUUCCAACUUAUAUAUGAAAAUUGGACAAUAUGAAUAAUAAUUGGUUAAAAAAAAUGAAAAAGAAAAAACCUUAAAAGAAUAAUUUAGUAAACAAAUAACUGAUUUACAAUAAGAAAUAAAGGUAAUUAUUUAAUUAAUUAAUGAUUCUUUAGUAUUGGAAAAAUGAAAUGGAUAAAGUAAUAAGGUAGAAUAAGGCUGUCAUUUCUAAAUUAACGCCAUAAAAGUUAAGAUAUUGA